UAAAAAGACAGCAAUCAGACCGGAGCUAACUGGUCAAAUAUGGAUUGACGCACUGGAUUGGACAGUAUAGCUAGCAGUAAUAUCUCGGUUGGAGGGGGUGUUUGUCGUAAUCGUGGGGACUGGAUCAUACAAAAUAAGACUUUUAAUAAAAGUUCAUGCCCUUUUUAUUUUGAUCAAUAAUGUAGUCAAGGAAAAUAAAAUGACUUCGCUAAACAUACAGUAGAUCUUUUGCUGGAGAUGGUAUCUGGAUCAGAGCCAAGCCUUUGUGUAUCACAGAUUGAGGCAUUUUUGCCUGCGACAGAAGCCAGAGCCUGCGACGGUUUACGGGAUGAUUAAAACCCGCAUUAUUUUUUGGUUGCAAAAACAAAACUAACGUGAAACACGACUUAGUUGGAGACUUUUGGUGAACAUUGAUGAUAACGUCGGAGGAGUGGCAAGACCUGAAACCUUCCUGGAGCGGCAAAUCUAAAAGCAUUGCUGGAAGAGAAUUUACCCCGCUACAGGAGUUCUAGAAAUCAACCACCUGCACAACUGCCCACCAAAUUGGGCCACUUUCAUCGAUCUAAAUAACUGGAAAACGGCCGUCAUAAACAAACGUUUCUCACCUCAUGCUGUGUCACAGGUCUUUCUACAAGAAGGCGAGCAAAGGUCCAAGCUGGCUUCACAAUGGGAAAGAGCGCCCUCCAACUUAUCGCUGUUCUAGUACUUCUCGUGCCAGAAAUCAUUGCACAGCCGCCUGUGGCUGCGCCUGGCAGUACUUCAACAGAAGUGUCAGUCGUAUCGACAUCAGCACCGACUGACACGACUACAAACUCAGCCUACACGGCAACAAAUACAGCAUCCAGUCCAGACGGAAUAAUCACAACCACGGAUGGAGAUGUCACAGCCAACAGUGCCAAGACCGCCAGUGAACCAACCGGAGAUGUCACGACCAAAGACACCACGACCACCGCAGGUGCGCCGAAUGAUGCCACCACCCUAGUUUCGGACACUGUAGCGGGAGGUAACCCACCCACAACCGAUUCCCCCGAUGGUACGACAUCCGCUGAAGAUGUGACGACGGUAAUCUUAUCGACGACCAAUGCAGCAGAGUUAUCGACAGCCACUGCAACAGAUGUAUCGACAACCACUGCAACAGAUGAAUCGACGGCCAAUGCAACAGAUGAAUCGACGGCCAAUGCAACAGAUUUAUCGACAGCAUUUGUAGCAGAUGCGUCGACAAAUGCAGCAGAUCCAUCGACAACAGUCACAGAGCCGGAGCACACAGCAAUUGCAACACUACCAUCCCAGGGGCCCAUCCCCUUGUCUGCGGGAGCGAUUGCAGGCAUCGUGAUCGGCGUGGCAGCCUCUGUGAUCCUUGGGGGCGUGGUCAUUGGUGUUGUCGUCGUGAAGUGCAAAGCUGCAGGGUCUGCGGUGGCUGCUGCACCUUAAUCACCGCGUUGUCGAAGUCGGCAGGGGCGGUGUCCCAGGAAAUGUGGUCACCGUUGAAAUCUGUCUCAUUUACUACACAUUGUCUCAAACCCUCUAACUUGUCUCCACUCAAUUAUUUUAAUUUUGGCCCAACGAGGCACACCCAAUUCAACCAACGAUUUCGAAUUUCAUAUAGGGUUUAAGUUUCACACUACGAUGGUCCCUGAACAUGAUCAGCCUGGAAAGAAGGGCAGGGUCACUGCUAGGGUAUAUGCUUAGCUUAUAUCCUUUAGCAGAAAAAUCUGAAAUAGUGAAACGUUGUUAAAGAAAAGCAUUACAGGGAAAGUCAAGGCCACAGACUAACCAGAAAAUGACUCGAAACAAGCUCGCCUGCUUCAAGUCCACUUGUAUGCCAAGGCACAAAGCGCAAUGCCGUUAACUAUGGUUAAACUUCGUUAUCUAUGCCAGCCGGGAUUUCUUGCACUGCAGUUUUUGACUAGAGUUGAGUCAGUUUAACGUUGUGAUCCGAGUCAAGUCAUCGAGUCAAGUCAUUUGGUGACUCGUGUCGAGUCGUAAUGUAAACAAAUUGAAACGAGUCAAAUCAAAUGCUUAGUUAAAGUCGAUUCGAAUCAAAAAUAUUUAAACGUGAUACAGUAAAUAAACAGAAGACGGAUUCUCGUUCCCUGCAUAGUCUCCAGGACGGAGAGCAGCCAAGCUGGCUCUUGUCAGAAAGUGAGGCUUUGGUCUUAGAUCUGAUUCUGCCUCGGGUCUUGUCUUGUUUGUUUUUUUUUUUGCUGCUUGUCAAGAACGUCAAAUAAUUCUAAACUAAUUUCAUUAUACAAAGCUAUUUCUAUUUAUU